UGUCUCGCACGGCGCAAUACGAUUAACAUGUCACGGUGCGCGCAGCAGCGGCCGGGGCGCGCCAGCCGUACACCGCCGGUCGCGUCGGGCCCAGCUUAGUCUCCACCUCGGUUUGCAGCGCGAGCGAUGUCCCGCUGGCGACGGCGAUAAUCGAGAGGAUGCUGCGCGUCGAGUUACUGUAUUAAUAUAAAUUGACAGAAGUAUGUACAUCGCAGAAGACCAGUUGAGAGAUGAUACGCGAACCGUAGAUACAAAACGUUUGCUCGAUUCUGCAAUUGAAAGAGACAAAAGUAUUAUAUUAAAAUCGCCUUCUCCCAUUUACAACAGAUUUAACCAGAAUUGGCGGUUAGGUGGGAAUUUGGAACCUGAAAUGAGACAUUACUGGGCUGCGUCCUUUUGGCUACCAGUCGGAUCUAUUUUUAUUCUCGCAGUGGUUGUUUUGCUAAUGGUACUGUUCAAACGAUGUCCUCACACGGUAGCCGUGAUUGUUACUGCAUUUCUUACCAUCAUCAUCAUACUGACAACUAUGUUAUCGCUCAAUCACGAUCCAGUUUAUAUGUAAUGCAUUUAUACCAAAUAAUUGUACGUAUAUUGACUGUUAUAUUAUUUUAAUUAAGUCUUUCUUCCAUAUGUACAUUCAACGGGGAGGCCCAAACUAAUAUAUACAAAAAUUUUUGUAACAAUUGUACACAUUGAAUAAAUGAAUAUGUUACUUAC